UCCAGGCAGAAUUUCAACAUAAAAGCUAGGUACCUUAGACUACCCAGAGCAGACUAGACAAUCGAUACUGCUGACAAGUGACAACACAUUCUAAAGAACUACUGGGAGAUGGAUGAACUGGAAGAUCAGAUAGCAAUAGUUGGAAUAGGAUGCCAUUUUCCUGGAGGGGAGGGACUUGAUAACUUUUGGAAAGUUAUUGUUGAGGGAAGGAACUGCACAAGUGAGAUACCAGAGGAAAGAUUUAAUUCCAAACGUUGGUGUGACCCAGAUAAUACCAAGCCAGGAAAAAUAUGCACCAGCAGAGGGGCUUUUCUAGAAGGUGUUCAUAUGUUUGACAACAAACUGUUUGGAAUUCAUAAUUCUGAGUCUGACCGCAUGGAUCCACAGCACAAAUUACUGCUGGAAUGUACAUAUAGGGCUCUCGAAGAUGCCGGGUACCCCAUGGAAAGCAUCAGUGGAAGUGACACCGGAGUCUUUAUAGGUCUCAUGAACAAAGAUGCAGAAUUUGUUUAUAAUAAUUCUACUGAAACUAUCAAUCACUUCAGUGCAACAGGCACUGCAACGGGCCUAGCAGCAAAUAGGAUAUCAUACCAAUUCAAUUUUACGGGACCUUCUAUGUCAAUUGAUGCUGCCUGUGCUUCCUCCCUUGUUGCACUAAAUUAUGCAUGCCAAUCCAUCAGACAAGGAGAUUGCAAGAUGGCAAUAUGUGGUGGUGCCAGCUGUAUUAUUGAUCCCCAUACCUAUGUCACUCUCAGUAAGGCAAAUAUGAUUUCUCCCGAUGGAACGAGUAAACCGUUUUCACAAAAGGCAGAUGGCUAUGGAAGAGGAGAAGGAUGUGGUGUUGUUGUUCUUAAACCUUUAAAGCAGGCUAAAGACGAUUACAGCAAAAUCUGGGGUGUUAUAUGUGCAUGCUCAGUUAAUCAAAAUGGGCGGUCAGUAACACCAAUUACCAAGCCAUCUCAAAUCCAACAGGAGUCACUGUUAAAGCAAAUCUACACAGUUAUAGAUCCAUGUUCUAUACAGUAUGUUGAGGCUCAUGGCACUGGAACACUUGUUGGGGAUCCAAUUGAAGUGACCAGUAUAGGAAAUAUUAUUGGGAAAAGGCGCCCAAGUGGAAUGAAACCUCUGUUAAUUGGAUCAGUUAAAGGAAAUAUUGGACAUACAGAAUCAGCUGCUGGAAUGGCUGGAUUGAUAAAAGUUCUGCUAAUGAUGUGUCAUGAAGUGAUUCCCCCAUCUUUACAUUAUUCUAAAGAACUUGGUAUUAAACAAAUUGAAGAAUCCAAACUAGUUGUUCCAACAGCUCCUGAGAAAUGGCACGAACAGGUAAACUGUGGGAGAAUAGCUGGCAUUAAUUGCUUUGGCUUUGGAGGAACCAAUUCUCAUGUUGUCAUCAAACAAUACAAAGGGGAUAACCCCAAACAUCAUUCCAAAAGACCUGCUGAAAUAUUUAUCCUCUCAGCAGCCUCCAACAAAUCACUUCAUCUCAGCAUUAAAGAUACAAAAGAAGAGCUGAGCAAAAUGCCAUCAUCAUUAUCUCUGGAGAACCUGGUGUACACAGCUGCCUGCAGAAGAAGUCAUCCUAAUUUCAAAUACAGAGCAGCAUUUCUGGUGUCUUCCUUACCUAAUCUGCAGAAACAGCUUUCAUCCGUAAAUACAGAGACAUCUCCAGUCAAGAAAAGUCCUCAGAUUGUGUUUGUGUUCUGUGGGAAUGGAGUCCUUUCCAAAGCAAUGUGCAAGGUAUUGCUAGAAAACGAGGAAGUGUUCAGAGCAAAAUGUUUAGAGGUAGACCAGAUGAUUCAAGUUUACACUUCCCUUUCUGUGGUACAAUUGCUGGAGAAUGAAUAUGAUGACUUUUCCCGCCCAGAUGUUGCACAAUUGCUGCUCUUUACUAUCCAGGUAUCAUUGGUGGAUCUUCUAGGACACUGGGGGGUAAAUCCAGACUGUAUUGUUGGACAUUCAGUAGGAGAAGUUGCUUCAGCAUAUUGUUCUGGUCUUCUUUCACUCGAAGAUGCUGUUAAAGUUAUUUAUCACAGGAGCAAAUUGCAACAUAAGGUUUCUGGAGGGAAAAUGCUUGUGGUUGGAAAUGUACCAGUAAGAGAAAUAUCAACUAUGAUCUUGUCAUACAAUGAAAAAGCAUGUAUUGCUGCAUACAACAGUCCGUUCUCAUGUACACUUUCUGGAGAUGAAGAAGCAAUACAGAGGAUAAGUGAUCACUUGUUCCAACAUUACAACAAAAGGAAUAUAUUUCUCCAUGAUUUAGAUGUCCCUACUGCAUACCACAGUUACUUGAUGGAACCAAUAUUGGAUGACAUAAAAAACGAUUUAAAAAACUUACAUGCAAAUAAUUUGAAAUGUGAGCUCAUUUCAACAGUGACUGGCAAGCCAGCAACAAAAGGAGAUUUUACAACUGGAGACUACUGGGCCAAGAAUAUUCGUGAUCCAGUUGUUUUUGAAGAAGCAAUAAAAGCUUCUGCCAACAAUAAAGAACACAUUGUGUUUAUAGAAAUUGGGCCCCGCAGAGCACUACAUAAAAACAUUGUUGAGAUUCUCGGACCAGAUACAAUCGUUUUGCCUGCUGUGCAUCCAAAAACUGAGUAUGAGACUAUUUUUUCCCUGCUGAUUGCUCUUUUCAAAAAGGGAUGCAAUCCUAAUUGGAGUAAUUUUUUUUCCAAGUAUAAAUCUUUUCCAUCUUCAAUUCCAAGGUAUCACUUUGAGCACAACCACCAAGAUACCAAUUUUGAAAAAAUCAGGCAAGGAAACCAAUUAGCUGUUUCUGCCAUUCAUCCACUGCUGCACAGUGUUAAUGAGGAUUUCACUGAAUUUAAAUGCUCACUAUCAAAAUCACUGACACCAUAUGUCUAUGAGCACAAAAAUUUGGGGUCUACCCUUGUUCCUGGUGCUUUUUAUGUAGAACUGGGAUUGGCAGCUACAGUUGCAAUCUUGAAGCCCAGGGUGCCAUUAAACUCCUUACAAUUCAGUAUAGCAUUUCUCAAUCCAUGUGUUCUUCAAAGAGAAUCUCAGGAGUUAAAAGUCAAGUUAUACAAACAAGACCAAGACACUCAUUUUGAAAUUUUAACUUCACAUGUUUAUGCAAAAGGAAAACUCCACAAAAAUAACAGUAAAAUAGAUACUGACAGACACAUUUACAUUCAGAAUGUUGCCAAGAGGUGCAAGACUGCUUUUAAACAGGAAGACAUUUAUCAACUACUGUCAGCCUUUGGGUUUGAGUAUGGGAAAGUUUACAAACAGUUGGAUGAGGUUUACUAUGGGGAAGAGUUUAAUGAAGUGAUAGCCAGAGUGAAAGUCAGUGAAGAAAUCAAAGAAACAAUGUACGAAUACCACAUACACCCAGUGAUUUUGGACUAUCUCCUUCAAAUGGUUUGUCUCUUAGGCUCUAAAAUCAAAGGAGCUACUGCAGUCUUCCCAUCAUCCAUAGCAAGCCUGACAAUUUCUCAUCCACUCCAAGAAGAAAUGGUGAUCUACAUGAAAACAACAAAAACAGCACAAAAUCAUUUUGAAAUGUGUGGAUGCUUUACAGAUGUCAGCGGUUUAGUUCUAGCAGAGAUGAAGAAUGUCAGGUUGGUAUCUGUGAAACAAACAAUGAAAAUACAGGGUAACACAUUUUUCCAAAUGAACUGGACACAAGCACCAAUCUUGAAGAAUGCAUCAAAUGAAAAUCCAAGCAUGCUAAUUUAUGCAGAUAACCAUGGAGUGAGUCAGCAAUUAUCAACAUACAUACACAAGGGAUUGAGUUACAUUAACUUUAACAGCUGGGAUUCAGACAUCGAGUUGCACAAACUAUUCAGCAAUAAAUUUAAAGAUGUCGUAUUUAUGUGGGGAAUCCAUAGACUCAGUGAUACUGUUCCAAACAAUCCUACACAAUAUCUAGCAAAAUGCUGUGAGGUUUACCGUCAGCUGAUGUUGGCAGUAAGACAGAAGGGCUCUGGAACUUCUAUCAGGACAGUCACAUUUAAAACAACUGAAGGCACAGUAGAUCACAUUAACCCUGGUUUUGUUUUCAAUGGGAUGACACAUGCUUGUGUAACUGAAAUGCCAGACAUUACUUUUCAGAUGAUUGACAUUAACUCUUCAAGUCCACAAGAUGUGAAAGCACUUGCUCAAGUUCUUCUUCAUUACAUGCCAAAUGAUCAUCCAGAGAUAUGGAUAAAAGAGGGCAGAAUUUACACAGGUGCAAUUAUAUAUUCAGAUACUGAAAACAUAACACAAAAAACAGCACCUUUAGAACAAUCAGACAAUUUUACUUUGUGUACUUCAGAUAUUCAUUCUAUGACUGAUCUUUCUGCUGAACCAAACAAUUCUAGCUUCAGUGAGAUUUCAAACGAAGAUGUAGAGAUAAAAAUUGACAAAAUAGGUGCCCACACUGAAGAUUAUUUCCCAGUUAGUAAUUCUAGCUGGCAAUAUGGAAACACAUUGUACUGGAAUGACAUUGCUUCUGAUAAAUAUAAGCUAGUUGCUCUGGAUUUAGCAGGAACUGUAACAGCUGUUGGAAGAGAUGUUCACGAAAUUCAAGUUGGGGAUAGAGUUGCUGCAUGCUAUCCAACCGUUGCGAAUUCCAAAGUGAUGAUUCCUGAAAAGGUCUGCUAUUUGAUGAAGAAGGUUCCAGUACUGAGAGAUUCACCUUUCAUUUCACUAUUUGUUUUAGCAUGGGAAAUUUUCCAUAAGAAACUAUCCAGUGCAAAGAAUAAACCUAAAUUGGUGAUUGUAACGACAGACGAAAAGUCAAUUGUUUGUACACUUUUAUCAAUGGCAGCAAAACAAAGAGGUUGGGAAACAACAAUAUCUCCAGGAAUUACAGGUAAUAGCAAAACGUGUAGUGCCAUGAUUAUUCUUCCUACAUCAGAAAUAACCUCGGUAGAUUUUACCCAGCUCCCCCUUCUUAAAGAUGUUAUUAUCCUACGUGACUAUAAACAUUUUGCAGAUUUCCACAAUUUACCACUCAACUGCAGACAAGACAUUUAUGUACAUAUUCUUGACCUUGCUACCAUUUUCCAAAGAGCAUAUCUGCAAGAAUCGGCAAAAUCCAUAUACAAAUGGUUACAAUCAUUGUCUUCAGACAUCCCCAUCAUCCAAUCGACAGCCAUAAUUCAGGCAUCCAACAGUAAAUCUAAUUUAGACAAUACGAUAUCAAGCUACUUUAAAGCUCAGUCUUUACCUCUCAUUGAGCUUAAAAAGAACACAAUGGCAAAGAUACCAAUGUUAGUCAAUGAUACAGUGAUUUUUAAGCACAAUGCUCUUUACAUUGUGGCAGGUGGCCUGACUGGCUUGGGCUUUGAAACUGUGAAAUUCAUUCUACACAAUGGAGGUGACCACAUUUUGAUUCUUUCUAAGAGAAAUCCAACUAAGGAAAUUGAAGAAGAAAUUGUGAAAGCACAGAGUGAAGUGAAGAAUGCUAAAAUAAUCACAAUGUCGUGUGAUAUCGGUAAUUACAUUGAAGUGGAAAAAACUAUUGAUUUAGUACAAAAAAUGUUGCCAGAUAUUUCAAUCAAAGGUGUCUUUCACAGUGCUGUUGUUCUUCAUGACAGCAUCUUGGAGAAGUUAAAUUUGUCACUCUUUGAGAAGGUUUUCAGCCCAAAAGUCAAUGGGGCUGUCAACCUUCAUCAUGCCACAUUAAACCAAAAACUGGAUUAUUUUGUAUGUUACUCAUCUAUUGCUUCUUUCCUUGGAAACACAGGACAAGCUAAUUAUGCUGCUGCCAACUCCUUUCUGGACAUUUUCUGCCAAUUCAGAAGAAAUAUUGGCCUUCCCGCUCAGUCAAUAAACUGGGGUGGCCUCAAUCUUGGGCUACUACUUAAUCAACAGCGGAUUCAUGACCUUUUACGAGCAAAAGGAAUACUUCUGUUCAGCACAGAAGAGAUCCAUGUUCACUUGAAAAAAUGUCUCUUACUAAACAAUAGCCAACAGGCCAUAGUAAAAUUUGACUUUGAAUUUCUGUCCACCAGCCUGUUUUCGUACAAUCCAGUAAUGAAGAAGCGGCUAAGCAAACUGGUUUUGGAAUAUGUGAACAACAGCGGGGGCAUAAGCCAAACAAAGCAAGCAAAGACCAAUAAACAAAGCCCUGAAGAUUACAUUAUGUCAUUAGUAGGUGAACUUACAAAUCUCGCCCUAAGUGACAUCACUAUGAAUAGUUUUCUGUGGUCUCUGGGAAUAGACUCCAUGUUGGCAAUGACAUUACAAUAUCGUAUCUUAGAGGAGAAGAAUGCCAACAUUCCUCUUGUUAGACUACUGGAUCCCAACACAUCUGUUUUGGAUCUGGUGUCAUGGAUUAAAGAAAAUUCUCUGGAUAAACAAGAGCUUGAGGUAAAAUCAGACCAGCAAUCAAAGCUCUAAUGAGACUAUAAUAAUCUAUGUGCCUUUCUUUAACCCUUUCACUGCCAGGUCCGUACGCCGUACGGACAUACAGAAGUGCCCACAGGUGGCCAGGUCAUUACGGCAUACUGACCUAAUUUCUCCCUCUCCUAUAAGCUUAUGGUCACUUCAAUGACCAUAAGCUUAUAUCAGAAUUGUUCAGUAAACACUGCUGAACAAUUCUAUAACUCUGAUCAGCAGAUUCCAACCCGCUGAUCAGAGUUAUUAACCCCUAAUGUGAUCGUCCCCCCCACCCAAAAAAAAUUUCCCCCCCGACUCUCCUCUCCAAUCCCCUUCACCCCCUUCUCCCCCACUAAUUACCCCCUCUACCUGAUUCAACCCCCCCUGCAAACCGACUCCCCGUAGCCACUAUCAUUAGCGGCAUUCCUCCUCUUCCACUCCGCCGACUGCAGGUGCUGCAUGGGGCUUGGGGGUUCCAGAUGUGUCCCCCAGCCAGUCAGAUCACCACUCCAACUGCCCCUGCACCCCGAUCCAUGGCUGCUCCAAGCGGCAUCUCUCCUUCCCUUCGCCUGCAUCUUCUCCCUGCACAGAUCUCCGUGAUCUGUCAUGCUGGGGAUCGCGGCGGAGGGGGGGGAGCUUAGCAGGUGGGGGUGAAGUUGGGGCUUGGGGGCUUUAGUAAACAUGUGUUUACUAAACACCCCCCUGUAAAAGAGAGGGCACAUGCAGUGAUCACUACUGAUCACUGUUAUGUGCCCACUGACAGCUGAUAUAUUAUAACCGUGAGUGUUACAAUGUAUCAGAUUAUCAUUUUAUGAAUGAAUGGAAUCUCUAUACAGAUUCUCAUUCAUUCAAGUAAAGUGAUACAGAGAAAAGAUACUAUCUUCAGUUCCUUUCUCUGUCUCAAAAGAAGCUGUUUGCAGGAUGUCCUGCCAGCGCAGCGCCCCAGUGUGAAAGUACUUG